GUGUUGUAGGCCUACCACUUGUUAUAGUUCAGGCCUACUAAAAAAAAAUUCUUAGAUAUUUCUACACAUUUCUAUAUUACCAACAGUAGAAAAAGUGACCACUGCCACUAUAAACAGAGUUGUUUGUAUUGUGGUUUACAUGCAUGGGUUCAUUUAUAAGAAGCAGCAUGGGAGAGGCAACUGCUGAUUUAGAUUUACAGUCUGAUGAGUUUAAAGAAUUUUCAAAUUCUGAAGAUGUGAAGCCACUUCUAUCUACAGUAUUUUCAUCUUCUUCUGACAUAAAAACGGAAUUAUCAUUUUUAACUUUCCGUGAUAUCAAACCAAACUUGACAUUUAUAAAUUCACAGGAUGAUAAAACCGUUGUUACGCCAGAUUUUUCAUCUUCUACAGACACAAAGUCAGAAUGUACAACAUUUUCCUCUUUUGCUGAUGUAAAACACCAUAUGACAUUUCUAACUUCUCAAGAUAAAACAACAGGGUUUUUAAUUUUUAAAGAUAUGGAACCUGCUGUAUCAGCAGUAUGUACAAGAUCUGAAGAUAUAAAACCAGAAUUAGCAAUUUUAUCAACUAGUGAAGAUAUAAAACCAGAAUUAGAAACUUUAUCAACCAACACAGAAUUAGAAAUUUUAUCAACUACUGAACAUAUAAAACCAGAAUUAGAAUAUAUAUUAACUAGUGAAGAUCUAAAACGAGAAUUAGAAACUUUAUCAACUAGCGAAGAUAUAAUACCAGAAUUAGAAACUUUAUCAACCAACACAGAAUCAGAAAUUUUAUCAACUACUGAAGAUAUAAAUCCAGAAUUAGAAACUUUAUCAACCAACAAAGAUAUAAAACCAGAUUUAUGGACAAAAUUUUUAGAUUCCGAGGACAAACAACAAAAUGGACUUGAAGAAAAGCUAAAACUCUCUGAAGAUGAAACAUAUCUGUCUGUUGAUCCUCGUGCUCAUCAUGAACAGUUUUUUCAAAGAUCUAACUUGAAUAAACAAGCUCAAGUAGGGGAGAAGCCACUUGAAUGUGAUGCUUGCCAUAAAAGGUUUUCAGAUAGUUCUAGGUUAGAUGAACAUAAAAAAGUUCAUUCAGAAGAUAGGCCAUAUGAAUGUGAUUAUUGUCAUAAAAAGUUUUCUAAUAGUUCUGCUCUAAGCAGCCACAAAAAAAUACAUUUACUAGUUAGACAGUAUGAAUGUGAUGUUUGUCACAAAAGGUUUUCAAGGAAUUCUUAUUUAGCGGAACACAAAAAAAUUCAUUCAGGAGAUAAACCAUUUGAAUGUGAUGUUUGUCAUAAAAAGUUUUCAUAUAGUUCUAAUUUAUAUAUACACAAAAGAGUUCAUUCAGGAGAUAAACCAUUUGAAUGUGAUGUUUGUCAAAAAAAGUUUUCUCAGAGUUCUAAUUUAUAUGCGCACAAACAAGUUCAUUCAGAAGAUAAACCAUUUGAAUGUGAUGUUUGUCAUAAAAAGUUUUCAUAUAGUUCUAAUUUAUAUGCACACAAAAGAGUUCAUUCAGAAGAUAAACCAUUUGAAUGUGAUGUUUGUCAUAAAAAGUUUUCUCAGAGUUCUAGUUUAUAUAAACACAAAAGAGUUCAUUCAGAAGAUAAACCAUUUGAAUGUGAUGUUUGUCAUAAAAAGUUUUCUCAGAGUUCUAGUUUAUAUAAACACAAAAGAGUUCAUUCAGAAGAUAAACCAUUUGAAUGUGAUGUUUGUCAUAUAAAGUUUUCACAUAGUGCUAUUUUAUAUAUACACAAACAAGUUCAUUCAGAAGAUAAACAAUUUGAAUGUGAUGUUUGUCAUAAAAAGUUUUCUCAGAGUUCUAGUUUAUAUAAACACAAAAGAGUUCAUUCAGAAGAUAAACCAUUUGAAUGUGAUGUUUGUCAUAAAAAGUUUUCUCAGAGUUCUAGUUUAUAUAAACACAAAAGAGUUCAUUCAGAAGAUAAACCAUUUGAAUGUGAUGUUUGUCAUAUAAAGUUUUCACAUAGUGCUAUUUUAUAUAUACACAAACAAGUUCAUUCAGAAGAUAAACCAUUUGAAUGUGAUGUUUGUCAUAAAAAGUUUUCUAGAAAAAAUAAAACAGUUCAUACUGGAGAUAAGCCAGAUGAAUGUGAUGAUUGCCAUAAAUAUGUUUCUAAAAUAAAGCGGCUCCCGACAUAUUGGCUCCCGAUAUAAGUGCUCAAGACAAAUGGGCUUUUGACAAAAUGACUCCCGACAUAUUGGCUCCAGACCAAUGAAUGGCAUGACCACUAUUGGCAUAAAAGUAACGAUUUUGUCCUUCCUCCAAUACCACUAUAUACUCUUUUAAAUGCCCGAAUGAAAUUGUUUUUCAUGAACCAACAUUAAUUCACAAACAAAGCGAGCCCUUAACAGCUAAAUUUCACCAAUUUUAAAGUUUUGAUAAUGUUUAAUUUACAACAGAAAAGAUCUGUUGCUUAAAAGCGAGCACAGAAGUGUAAAUGUACGGAUAUGUAUAUAUAUGUAUAUUUAUGUAUAUAUAUGUGUAUAUAUAUAUAUAUAUAUAUGUGUGUAUAUAUGUUGGCUGGUAUCCUAAUGUUGGCUGGUUAUUGAAUAGUUGUCACAGGUUGCUUGUUUUUUGUGUGUAGUUAUAUUCGUGGUUGGUCGUAGCUGGAUCGGGGUAAUGUUCUCCCCUUCUCUCAAGACGCCGCCCGGUUCUCACAGCACUGGGUUCUGGCAGGGUGUGACGAUGUCACGGAUAAUUUACGAGGUUCACAGUCGUGGAUUGUGACCGGACCCUAGGUGUGUGCAUGCUUUGUGUUCAAUUUUAUGUCCUGUCUCCCCAAUGGUCGUCUGCUUAAAUUUACGACCGUAAUGUCGCGACGGUCAGUUCGGCUUAAACAGGUGGUCUGAAAGUGUGGGAAAAAGUUUGUUUGGAUUCAGCCUAUUUAAGAGGACUGUGUUCAGACCUCUGUCUCUUACACACCAAGCUAGGGCUAUAGACCAGUCUAGGCCUUAUGAUGGCCGCAGAGGCUGGUUUAGUGGCCCAGCUGAGGUAUUGUUGAUAUGGCCUGGUGUUUACACCAGCGGCCCAACGCCUCGUUCCAGUGGCCCGAUAUUAUGCUCGUGGCCUGAUGUCUCGUUCUUGUGGCCCGAUAUUAUGCUCGUUGCCUGAUGUCUCGUUCUUGUGGCCCGAUAUUAUGCUCGUGGCCUGAUGUCUCGUUCUUGUGGCCCGAUAUUAUGCUCGUGGCCUGAUGUCUCGUUCUUGUGGCCCGAUAUUAUGCUCGUGGCCUGAUGUCUCGUUCUUGUGGCCCGAUAUUAUGCUCAUGGCCUGAUGUCUCGUUCUUGUGGCCCGAUAUUAUGCUCGUGGCCUGAUGUCUCGUUCUUGUGGCCCGAUAUUAUGCUCGUGGCCUGAUGUCUCGUUCUUGUGGCCCGAUAUUAUGCUCGUUGCCUGAUGUCUCGUUCUUGUGGCCCGAUAUUAUGCUCGUGGCCUGAUGUCUCGUUCUUGUGGCCCGAUAUUAUGCUCGUGGCCUGAUGUCUCGUUCUUGUGGCCCGAUAUUAUGCUCGUUGCCUGAUGUCUCGUUCUUGUGGCCCGAUAUUAUGCUCGUGGCCUGAUGUCUCGUUCUUGUGGCCCGAUAUUAUGCUCGUGGCCUGAUGUCUCGUUCUUGUGGCCCGAUAUUAUGCUCGUUGCCUGAUGUCUCGAUCCAGUGGCCAAAUGUCUCGCUCUGGGGCCAGAUGUUUGUUUUGGAGGACGGAUAUGUUGUCCUUGUGGCUGGGGAAUCACCCUGCCUUUUGUGUGUGACGAACUGGGUCGUGUAAGGAACUCGUAUACAUUCAUGAAAGGAUAAAAUUGUGGUUGUAUCUAAAAAUGUAAGUGAUUUAUUUUUUUUUAAUUUUUACAUGUAUUAAGAAUUCGAGGGAUGUUUCUUUUAUUAUGAAAACCGGCCAGGUCUUUUUUGUAUCCUUUUGAUUUUGCUUGUAAAAUACAUUUUUGUGAAGUAGGAUGAAGUUAAAUAAAUGCAUUAACUGGGUGUUUACCAAGUUUUAUUUUUAGUGUAAAAUUAAUGUUGUAUUUGUUUAGAUGUUAAUUAGUUUUGCUCAGGUCUAUUAGACUCCUUUGUCACCACGCAAAGGUGCACGAAUUUGAGAGAAUAAUGGUCAAUACCAUCUUACCAUGUAUUAAGAAUUCGAGGGAUGUUUCCUUGAUUAUGAAAACUGGCCAGGCCUUAUUUGUAUCCUUUUGUUUUUUGCUUGCAAAAUACAUUUUUUGUGAAGUAGGAUGAAGUUAAAUAAAUGCAUUAACUGGGUGUUUACCAAGUUUUAUUUUUAGUGUAAAAUUAAUGUAUUUGUUUAGAUGUUAAUUAGUUUUGCUCAGGUCUAUUAGACUCCUUUGUCACCACGCAAAGGUGCACGAAUUUGAGAGAAUAAUGGUCAAUACCAUCUUACCAUGUAUUAAGAUUCGAGGGAUGUUUCCUUGAUUAUGAAAACUGGCCAGGUCUUAUUUGUUUCCUUUUGUUUUUUGCUUGUAAAAUACAUUUUUGUGAAGUAGGAUGAAGUUAAAUAAAUGCAUUAACUGGGUGUU